AUGUCCGCCACCCAGCCAACCGAGCUGAAGACCAUCUGCGUCUUCUGCGGCUCCCGCCCAGGCACCCACCCCGCCUACAUAGCCGACGCCAAAGCCUUAGGCGCCCUCAUGGUUGCCGAGGGGAUUGGAUUGGUGUAUGGGGGUGGGAACAUGGGAUUGAUGGGGACGGUUGCGCGAGCGGUGCAUGAGGCCGGAGGGAAGGUGCUGGGGUUUAUGCCAAGGGCGUUGACGGGGGUGGAGGGGAUGGCUGCUAUCGGUGAGAUCACCGUCGUCAACGACAUGCAUACCCGCAAACGGCUGAUGGCCGCGCACUCGUCCGCCUUCAUCGCGCUCCCGGGCGGCUACGGCACGUUUGAGGAACUGUUUGAGGUCAUCACGUGGUUGCAGCUCGGGAUCCACGGCAAGCCUGUUGGGGUCGUCAACACGAACGGGUACUAUGAUCCGCUGGUGGCGAUGAUUUCUGGCGCGGUGAGGGAGGGGUUUGUGGGGGAGAGGGCGAGGGGGUUGGUUGUUGUCGGGGACACGGUUGGGGAGGUGCUCAAGGCGUUGAGAGGUACGUUGUUUGGCGGGAGGAGGGUGUUAAGGGUGUGGUGGGAAAUGACUGACUUGUUUGUUGGGGAUGCAGAAUUCAAGAUCCCGGAAGGCGCGACGUACCCGUUGGAUUGGACUGUGCCGGAUGCGGAGCAUAAGGAGGAUCUCAUCUGA